UCCGCGCUUACGUCUGUCAAGGAGCGGCAGACGCCGCUGCGAGAGAUAAAGUAGAAGGCGAGCGGAGGGGCCGGGGGCAGACUCGACAGGCACCGCGAUGGGAAGCAGCUCCCCGCAGCAGCGGCAGCGCCGGCACAGCUAAAGCCUCCGGAGGGGACGGCGGCGGCCCCGGGAGCCCGGCCCGGCGAGGGGCAGCGGGGCGGGCGCGGGCGGCGGCCCCGGCUCCUCGCUCGCAGCAGCCGAGCUCAGCUCGCUUCCACCCGCCCCCCCAUCCCGCCUCCCUGCGGCCCCCCCGACCCUCCGCCUCUCGCUCGCCUUCUGCAGCCGCGCUCGGAUUUAGGGAUAAAGUGGGAGGAGGAGGCGAAGGGGGGGUGGGGGGUGUCGUCGCUUCCAUUUGUUUAUCCACGGAGGGGUGAAGUCUCCCGGUGGAAAGGCAGCCCGCCGGGGGGCCGGGAGGACGCCGGAGGGAGGGUGGUGGGUGAGUGGCGGCGAGCCCCCAGCAGCGUGGCCUUUUGGGGGGGCGCUGGGGGGGCGGCGGAGGAGGGCCGGGGCUGGGGCUGGCCGCCGCGGACCUGGCCGUAGAUGACUGCAGAAGCGCAGCAGGCUCUGUCCUCUCAGCCCCCUCCUCCUCCGGUGCAGAGCAGCUACGGCCCCAUGUCCUCCGUGGCUGAGAAGCAGCCGCAGAGCUCGGCCAUGGACGCCGCCUCGGCGGGGACCGGCGGCGCGGCCGGCAGCGCCCCGGGCAGCGGCGGAGCCCCGGGCAGCGCCGGCCCCAAGGCGAAGAAGACGAACGCGGGGAUCCGGCGGCCGGAGAAACCGCCUUAUUCCUACAUCGCCCUCAUCGUCAUGGCUAUCCAGAGCUCUCCCUCCAAACGCCUGACCCUCAGCGAGAUCUACCAGUUCUUGCAGAGCCGCUUCCCUUUCUUCCGAGGCUCCUACCAGGGCUGGAAAAACUCGGUGCGCCACAACCUCUCGCUCAACGAGUGCUUCAUCAAGCUGCCCAAGGGCUUGGGACGCCCGGGCAAGGGCCACUACUGGACCAUCGACCCGGCCAGCGAGUUCAUGUUCGAGGAGGGCUCGUUCCGCCGCCGGCCCCGCGGGUUCCGGAGGAAAUGCCAGGCGCUGAAGCCCAUGUACAGCAUGAUGAACGGGCUCAGCUUCAACCACCUCCCCGACAGCUACGGCUUCCAGGGCUCGGCCGGCGGGCUCUCCUGCCCCCCCAACAGCCUCUCCCUCGAAGGGGGCUUGGGGAUGAUGAACGGGCAUUUGUCCAGCAACGUGGAGGGGAUGGGCCUGGCGGGACACUCCGUGCCCCACCUGCCCGCCAACGGUGGGCACACCUACAUGGGCGGCUGCACCGGCUCCUCGGCCGGGGAAUACCCGCACCACGACAGCUCCGUGCCCGCAUCCCCGUUGCUCCCCGCCGGCGGCGUGAUGGAGCCGCACUCGGUUUACUCCAGCUCGGCCUCGGCGUGGGCUCCCAGCGCCUCGGCGGCCCUCAACACCGGCGCCUCCUACAUCAAGCAGCAGCCCCUCUCGCCCUGCAACCCCACGGCCAACCCGCUCUCCUCCAGCCUCUCCACGCAUUCCCUCGACCAGCCCUACCUGCACCAGAACAGCCACAACACCGCCGACCUCCAAGGCAUCCCGCGGUAUCACUCGCAGUCUCCGAGCAUGUGCGACAGAAAGGAAUUCGUCUUCUCUUUCAACGCCAUGGCCUCCUCCUCCAUGCAUUCAGCGGGCAGCGGCUCCUAUUACCACCAACAAGUGACAUACCAGGACAUCAAGCCGUGCGUUAUGUGAGCCGCGGCGGAAAAUCCCCGCUGCUGGGGCCGGCCAGGCCGGAGGCGAGCGCUGAGCAUCCCCCAGAUGAGAUCCCUCAGGACGCUCUGGGUGCCAGGGGAUUGUCCCAGCCUGGCUUUGGGCAGCAGGAACGGACCGGAGCUCCGGGAAGCGGCGGCGGAGCGGAGAGAGGAGCCGGGAAUGAGCAGAGCCCCGGCCGGGGGUGCGAGCCCGCAGCGCCCGUGCGGGAGGAGAAAGCGAAAAUGCAGCUCCCCCCGUCCGUCCAGAAAACCCCGACUGCGAUUUGGGGUGAGGCUUUGCCAAAUGAGGUUUUGAUACUUUUUUU